AACCUACCCGCUGCGCAUGGUGAGCAAGGACUGGGACGUGGUCAUCGUCGCGUUUGGCACCAACCAAGGCAACGGCAACGUCGGGUUCGAGCUCGAUAAAGACGCGGGCUCGGAAGCGGCGUUCAUCGAGGACAUUGCAGCGCUCCAAGCGCGAGGCAAGAAGGUCGUGCUAUCGCUGGGCGGCCAAGACGGCUCGGUCUCGCUCGCCAACGACAUGGAGCGCCACAACUUUGUCAACUCGGUGCAUGGGCUCUUGCGCAAGUAUGGCUUUGAUGGCAUCGAUCUGGACCUCGAGUCUGGUAUCUCGCAAGGUCUUCCCAUCAUCGACAACCUCAUCGUCGGCGUCAAGGAGCUCCGCCGUCGCGUCGGCGACUCGUUCUACCUCUCGAUGGCGCCCGAGCACCCGUACGUCCAGGGCGGCUACGGCGCGUACGGCAGUAUCUGGGGCGCGUACCUCCCGAUCAUUGACGGUCUCCGCAACGAGCUCAGCAUCAUUCACGUCCAGUACUACAACAACGGCGGGUUCGUCUACACGGAUGGCCGCAUGAUCAACGAAGGCACGGUCGACUGCCUUGUCGGCGGCUCGCUCAUGCUCAUGGACGGCUUCCGCGUCAACUAUGGUCAAGGCUGGAAGUUCAACGGCCUCCGCCCCGACCAAGUCGCGUUUGGCGUCCCGUCGGGCCCACAGGCGGCCGGGCGAGGCUUUGUGACGCCGACGACGGUGGCGCGAGCCUUGACGUGUCUCGCGCACGGCGUCGGCUGCGACACGAUCAAGCCCAAGAACACGUACCCGACGUUCCGGGGCGUCAUGACGUGGAGCAUCAACUGGGACCGGUUUGACCGGUUUGCAUUCUCGCAGCCGGUGCGCCACGCGCUCGAUAGCCUCGGGCACAACGACUUCGUCGCGCCAGUCUACACGGCGACGACGACGCAAGAGGAAGCGGCAGCCCCCGAGACGACGCCUGAGCCGACGCAGAAACCAAAGCGCAAGCCAGGUUGCGGCGACAGCACGGGCUGCUACUAUGCGCCGACGUCUCUGUCCCUCGUGGGCUGGUCGGCGCAAGACUGCGGCAAAAUGCCGUUCUUUCUCUGGUGUGGACCGUAA